AUGUUUUAUUUAAUUUUCGUUUAUUUUAUAUCAUACUUCACACUAGCAGAUUUCAACCAGUUCGAUGUUAUUGUUUUACCAUUUAAUGUAAAGAGUAACAUGAGAAGUAAUGAAAACAACCUAUGGUCUAGUUAUAGAAGUGGCAGAGACGAAACCUUAAAAUUAGAUUUGCAACCUUACGAUGAAGCGACUGAUUUUGCAGAUAUUGACAGUUUUGAUUAUAACAAAGAUCGAGAUUUGCUUCCGUCAGAUAGAGAUAAUAGUCCUCAAAAGCUAGGUGAAGAUUUUUCAGGAGAUUCUGGAGAAGACAAAAUAGUUGGUGGUUUUGAAGUUGAUAUCAAUCUGUACCCGUAUCACGUCGCUUAUGGUAGUAAUUGUGGAGGAGCGAUUAUUGACAGGAAAUGGGUGUUAACAGCAGGGCAUUGUGGGAAGAAACAAUACAUAAGAGUAGGAUCAAAAUACAUAAAUCAAGGAAGGAAAGUGCAAGUCAGACGACAUUUUAUCCAUCAAAUGUGGUCAGCAAAGAAUAAAGAUCAUCCUUUCGACUAUGAUUUUCAACUUUUGGAACUUAAUGAACAUUUAAAAUUCGACGAAAAUGUUCAACCAGUUAAAGUAGCUCAUAUAGAAGACAUGGUUAUUGGUAAAAUCGUUACAGUUACAGGAUGGGGUAAUACUGAAGAAAAUGGUCCUUAUUCACAUGUCUUGCGAGCGGUUCGAGUCCCGAUUAUUUCCAAGGAAAAUUGUCAACAUGUGCCUUUUCCAUACUUUAGAGGUGGUUUGACUUCUAGAAUGUUCUGCGCCGGAUUCUCCGAAGGGAAGAAAGAUGCUUGUCAGGGUGAUUCUGGAGGACCUGCAGUAGCAUAUGACAGACUCUUAGGCAUGGUCUCGUUCGGCUAUGGUUGCGCAACUCCAGGUUCUUAUGGUGUCUACAGCAAGGUUGCUAAAGUUAGACCUUGGAUACAAGAAAUUACGGGAUUAAAUCUAGAAUAA